AUGGCAUCCAAGAGAAAGGCAACUGCCAUGGCGCCCGAAGAUGAAGACCCAAUAGACCCGUCCGACGAGCUCAUGUUCCUCUGCUUAGGAGGCGGUAAUGAGGUCGGUCGGUCGUGUCAUAUCAUUCAGUACAAGGGCAAGACGGUCAUGCUUGACGCCGGUAUGCAUCCCGCACACGAAGGCUUGUCGGCAAUGCCAUUCUACGAUGACUUCGAUCUUAGCACUGUAGAUGUGCUACUAAUUUCACAUUUUCACGUCGACCAUGCUGCUUCCUUGCCCUACGUGCUUGCGAAGACCAAUUUCAAGGGCCGUGUAUUCAUGACACAUCCGACCAAAGCCAUCUACAAAUGGCUUAUCCAAGACUCCGUUCGCGUCGGAAACAUGUCGAGCAAUUCUGAGACUAAGAUCCAAAUGUACACUGAGGCGGACCAUCUCAAUACCUAUCCCAUGAUCGAAUCCAUCGACUUCUACACUACACAUACCGUCUCCGGUGUACGAAUCACACCAUAUCCUGCCGGCCACGUACUCGGAGCAGCCAUGUUUCUUAUGGAGAUUGCAGGCUUGAAGAUAUUGUUCACUGGCGACUACUCGCGAGAGGAUGACCGGCAUUUAGUAUCAGCGUCGGUACCACCGGGCGUAAAGAUUGAUGUCCUCAUCACCGAGUCGACGUUUGGUAUCUCGAUGCACACGCCACGUGUCGAGCGAGAAGCACAACUCAUGAAAGCUAUCACCGAUGUCCUCAACCGCGGCGGCCGAGCUCUUCUUCCAGUCUUCGCUCUUGGGCGAGCCCAGGAACUUCUUCUCAUUCUGGACGAAUACUGGAGUAAGCAUCCAGAGGUCCAGAAAAUACCCAUCUACUACAACUCCAGCUUAGCACGGAAGUGUAUGCAGGUCUACCAAACCUACGUGUCGGCCAUGAACGACAACAUCAAACGCCUCUUCGCAGAGCGCAUGGCCGAGGCGGAAGCUGCUGGAGAUACUGGACGACGUGGAGCCUGGGACUUCAAGUUUGUCCGCUCACUCAAGAGUCUCGAACGUUUCGAUGACCUGGGUGGAUGUGUCAUGCUUGCUUCGCCAGGUAUGAUGCAGUCCGGAACAUCGCGUGAGCUGCUUGAGCGAUGGGCACCUGAUCCAAGGAACGGUGUCAUCAUCACCGGUUACUCUGUGGAGGGCACAAUGGCGAAGCAGAUUGUCCACGAGCCAGAUCAAAUUCCUGCCAUCAUGACCCGGGCGAGUAACUCAGCACGACGACCAGGUCAAAGAGAGAAUGAGCAGACCAUGAUUCCCCGGCGAUGCACAGUCCAGGAGUACAGUUUCGCGGCGCAUGUUGAUGGAAAAGAGAACAUGGAGUUUGUGCAGGAAGUUGCUGCUCCUGUUGUUAUUCUUGUUCACGGCGAGAAGGGUAACAUGACUCGUCUAAAGUCUAAACUCCUUUCCUUCAACGCUCAGAAAGCCGUUCCCACGAAAAUCUACUCUCCAGCCAACUGUGAGGAACUCCGCAUUCCUUUUAAAACCGAUAAGAUCGCCAAGGUAGUGGGAAAGUUGGCCUCUAUCGCUCCACCUCUGCCUCGCUCCCUGACUCCGAACGGCGACGAAAGCACAAGUGUUGCAGAAGACCAAGAAGGCGAGAAGGUGGAUAUGAUUAGUGGAGUUCUCGUCCAAAAUGACUUCAAGAUUUCGCUCAUGGCACCAGAAGAUCUGAAGGAAUAUGCAGGUUUAACCACAACGACCAUUCUAUGUCGUCAGCAUCUCACUCUGUCGGCCGCUGGAGUCGACCUGAUAAGAUGGGCGCUCGAAGGAACCUUUGGUGCUAUCAAAGAGAGUAGUCUCACCGACGCUGCCGUUGACGGUAAGAUGAACGGCAACGGCACGACUCACGAUGAGGAAGCAGAUGAAGAAGUCAGCCGAACAGAAACAAAGUUCACAGUAAUGGACUGCGUGAAUGUCCUCAUCAAGAACGGCGGAAGAGUAGAAGUAGAAUGGGAAGGCAACGUAAUCAACGACGGUAUCGCCGACGCCGUUCUUGCAGUUCUCUUCACCGUCGAGUCCUCUCCAGCAGCUGUUCGACAAUCCUCAAAACAACACUCUCAUACCCAUGCAUCCCCACCCAAAGAAGAAGAGGAAGACGAAAUACUCACCACGAAACUAACCCAUCGUUUCAAAAAACCUCAUCCUCACCGCACAACAGACCCUUCCACCCGUCUGGCCCGCCUCUUCCUCUUCCUAGAAGCUCAGUUCGGCGAAGAAGCAGUCCGGCCCAUUACUCUCCCUCGCAACAGCACUACAACCGCUACUGCGAACGGCACUCCGGCAGCCAACCCUGAUUCGAUGGAUACCUCAACUCCAGAUGAUGCCAAGUCACAAGAGCCCGUUAGUGUUGCUGCUCUCCCGCCUCCCAUUGCACCAGACGACCAGUUGUCCACAGAAGACAAAGCAGAGCUCAAACGCCUACACAACCUAGGUAUACCUGUUCCUGGUGUGGAGAUUAAGUUUGACAAGUGGGUGGCGAAGGUUUGGUUGGAGGAUUUGGAUGUGGAGUGCGGGAAUAAUGCGCUUAGGGCGAGGGUCAAGGCUGUGGUUGAGAGGGGGGUUGAGACGGUUAGUGGAUUGUGGCGGUAG